GAGAGAAUAGUUCUGUUUCCUUCCAGAUCAGAUUGAAGAAGUCCUGAAGAUUGAUGGAGGGCCAUGCUAUUCAAACAGCAGGCGUUGCUGAGACAGAAGCUCUUUGUGCUGGGAAGUCUUGCUAUUGGAAGUCUUCUAUAUCUAGUUGCCAGAGUUGGGAGCUUGGAUAGACUACAACCCAUUUGCCCAAUUGAAGGUCGAUUUGGAGCCCGCAGUCAGGCUGAGAUCCCACUCCGGGCACUGCAAUUCAAACGUGGCCUUCUCCACGAGUUCCGGAAGGGCAACGCUACCAAGGAGCAGAUUCGACUCCACAAUCUGGUCCAGGAACUCCCCAAAGCCAUCAUCAUCGGGGUGAGGAAAGGAGGCACCAGAGCCCUGCUUGAGAUGCUAAAUCUCCAUCCUGCUGUGGUCAAAGCCUCACAGGAAAUCCACUUUUUUGAUAAUGAUGAGAAUUAUGCCAAGGGCAUUGAGUGGUACAGGAAGAAAAUGCCAUUUUCAUAUCCUCAACAAAUCACCAUUGAGAAGAGUCCUGCCUAUUUUAUCACAGAGGAGGUACCAGAAAGGAUUUACAAAAUGAACUCAUCCAUCAAGUUGCUGAUCAUUGUCAGGGAGCCCACAACAAGAGCUAUUUCUGAUUAUACUCAGGUGCUAGAGGGGAAGGAGAGGAAGAAUAAAACCUACUACAAAUUUGAAAAGCUGGCAAUAGACUCUAAUACCUGUGAGGUGAACACUAAGUAUAAGGCUGUGAGGACCAGCAUCUAUACAAAACAUCUGGAAAGGUGGCUGAAAUACUUUCCAAUUGAGCAGUUUCACAUAGUAGAUGGAGAUCGGCUCAUUACAGAACUGCCAGAACUCCAGUUAGUGGAGAAGUUCCUCAAUCUUCCUCCCAGGAUCAGUCAAUACAAUUUGUACUUCAAUGCUACGAGGGGGUUUUACUGCCUGCGGUUUAACAUUGUCUUUAACAAGUGCCUGGCAGGCAGCAAAGGACGCAUUCAUCCAGAGGUAGAUCCCUCUGUAAUUACCAAAUUGCGCAAAUUCUUUCACCCUUUCAAUCAAAAAUUCUACCAGAUCACUGGGAGAACAUUGAACUGGCCCUAAAUGAGUAUAUCCUACAACACUGUGUGUUGCACCAAGAGGGACACAGUGUCUUCUUUAGAUUCAAAUAUGCACUUUUCCAAAACACAGCUAUCCAAGUCUUUUUUUUCACCCCAUGAAUACUUGUAUAUAUGCAGUGUGUGACCAAAUAUACAGUGGGAUCCAUUUCUUUUUUCUACUGAGAAGUAAACUGAAAACAAUUUAAUCUCUACAUAGUUGUAUCAUUUUUUAGGCUUUUUAGAGGAAAAAGAGGUGGCAUUUGGGGGGUAGUAAAUGAAUUCAGCUCUUCUUCAAAGAGUUAGUCUUCCUUUGACGCAAAGUUUGUCACUUGCCAUUUUCAUAAAUCUAAGCCAAAUGAUUAAUACAUGAGACUGUACAGCUGGUUGUGAAGCUUCUGGAUAGGUCAGAAAGUAUAGGAUGAAGUAUACAUAUGGUAUGCAUAUUUCUAAGAGAAUACUGGCUCUUUAAUUCAGAUGCUGAAUUAGUGCCGUGAAACUGGGUCAUACUGUUUUCAUCUUAUUUCCAAGAAUGUCUUAUCUCAUAACAAUUUGACAUUGUUCCAAAGUUCCUGUGGUGAGUUUGCACUAUUAUUUUCUUGUAUGGACUAUUGUGUCACCUGUAGCAUGUCAAUCACUUGUCCAACAGUCCAAUCUUUUGCCCUCUAUGUUGUAUGUCAGCAAAGAGAAAUGUUGUGUACAUAGUGUAUAUUGCCUGUAAAUACUGGUUUCACAAUAAGUAAUUCUAUUUUGUAAACUGAAUAUGGCUAUUUAAUUUAUUGUGGAAAUUAAAUUUAUUGUGGUAUUUAAAAUGCGAAUGGAUUAA